AUGGCGGUUCUUACGCCUACACCUUCUGAAACCCACAAGGUACAACCCACAAAGCGUAGAAGACAACAUCACCCACAAAACCCUAAACUCAAACACCAACACUCAUCAUCAUCAUCACCACCAUCAUCAUCAUCAUCAUCAUGGGACCAAAUCAAGAACCUGUUGAAGUGCAAACAGAUGGAUGUUUCCGGGUCGGAUCAGAAGAUCCAACAAGACGCAUCAAGGAGCACCAAUGGAUACUCGAAGUUGAGUUCCUGUGGCUCCAUAUGCAGUUUCAAGGAUGUUGCUAAUGGGAAUACGAGGGUUGUUCAUAGGGCGGAUAACUCGCCGGAAAGUAGCAGCGUUGGUCAGGAAUCCGGCUUACUCCGAAGGAAGAAACACCUUAGUAAUGGUGCUUCUUCUUCUUCGUCUACUAGGUCUGUAACUGGUUCAGUUAGAUCCAAUGGUCAAGGUGGUUACACGUCAUCUUCCAGAGGCAUGCAAUUGAGGAAACUUUCUGGGUGCUAUGAAUGCCAUGCCAUUGUUGAUCCUGCAAGACAAGCAAUUCCAAGAAGUACAAUUUGUGUAUGUUCAGAAUGUGGAGAAGUCUUCCCAAAAAUGGAAAGCUUGGAGCAUCAUCAAGCUAUUAAGCAUGCCGUAUCGGAGCUCGGACUCGAAGAUUCGGGUCGAAAUAUUGUGGAGAUAAUAUUCAAGUCCAGCUGGCAAAAUAAGGACCAUCCGAUCUUCACAAUCGAACGGAUCUUAAAAGUCAACAAUACUCGUCGGACUAUCCAACGUUUCGAGGACUGCCGUGACACUAUCAAGAUCCGAGCAACCGCCACCGCCACCGCCUCCCGCUGUGCUGCCGACGGAAACGAGCUCCUCCGCUUCCACUGCACCACACUCGCCUGCUCUCUAGGCUCCCACGGCUCCUCCAGCCUCUGCGGCUCCGUCCCCGGCUGCGGCGUCUGCACGAUCAUCCGCCACGGUUUCCAAAACCCAAAGUCCGGCGAAGCUGGAAAGAAAGGGGUGUGCACCACCGCGAGUAGUGGUAAGGCGCAUGACUCUCUUGGGGUUGGGGCGCGUGGGCUGAGGGCGAUGCUGGUUUGUCGAGUGAUUGCCGGGAAAGUGAAGCGCGUGGUGGGGAACGCGCCGCCGGAGGAAGAUGGAGCGUAUGAUUCGAUGGCCGGGUAUCCCGGGUCAUACUCGAAUAUUGAGGAGCUGUACGUUUGUAAUCCGAGGGCCAUACUACCCUGUUUCGUGGUUAUUUACAAGGCAAUGGAAAGUUGAUGUCAUCUUUUUUUUUUUUUUUUUAAUUAAUGUGGGC